AGAGGCAUCCGGUCUUGCUGCACGGACUACAAACUUGUUGGAAACACGUGUGUAGAAUGUGAUCCUGGUUACCGGGGACAUAAUUGUUCCUUGACCUGUCCUCCCAACUCCUAUGGACGAAAAUGUAAUAAAGCAUGUGUUUGUUUAACUAAUCAGUACUGUGAUACAGAAAGGGGGUGUCUGUGUAACACGACCAGCGAUAAUUGUACAGAUCCAGAACCAGAGACUGUCGGAACAAGCUUAGGAACAACAAUAAGUUUUUACAUCUUAUCCACUUAUCAUAACAAAAACCCGACAAAUUUACUCACAGUUACUUUAUCAUCGACAAUAUCAGUCGUUCUACUGCUUGCAGCUGGGGUCACCUGCAUAAGUUUUUGGAUGAAGAAAAGAUUGAGAGAGACAAAGGAAGAAAGAUAUACAUUGGGAGAUCAACAAUUGUUACAUGUCGAAGAUACGUCCUCUGGCACUAAUCCACAACCUUAUCAAACUGAGGACAUAUACGCUCACACAACAUCGGGGAUUUACCAUCAUUUAAGUCUCAGAGUACAGCUUAGUAGUUUAUCUGAUAGUGACAACAACAGAGAGAACCCUGCUCACUGCCCGGGUCUCUCCCCUGAUACAAUAUCUGAACAAAGUGAGGAAAGAAUCCGAACAGAAGAAAAAGAAUCACGUACAGACCUUCAUACGGACAGCGAAAAUUCAGAGGAAAUUUAUUUUGAUGUGAGCUAUGUAGGACAAAAUUCAGGUAUUGUGCAAACAGAUAAAACGUUGAGAUGUUCCUUGAAAUCAGACACAGAUGAAGAAGAUGAUGAGUAUUGUGACGUGAAGUACACCGGACAACAUUCUAAAGUUCUAUACGGAAAUGGAUUUCCCAGACAACAGAUUUCUUCCAAUUCCGAACUAGACGUUGAUAAUGACGGUUUAGCAGAUUAUGUUAAUUGUAUUAAUAUUUAUCAGAUAAAUGAAUCUGUUGGCGAUGUUUAUUCAUCAGUACAAAAAACUUUGAAAAAGACAAAGUUUUAGUGAGCAUU